AUGCCAGGCAUGAGGGAUGAAGAAGAAGGAGGGACAUGUGAAGUGAUAGCAGCACACAGAUGUUGUAACAAGAAUCGCAUUGAGGAGCGGUCGCAAACAGUGAAGUGUUCCUGUCUACCUGGGAAAGUAGCCGGAACAACACGAAACCGACCUUCCUGUGUCGAUGCCUCCAUAGUCAUUGGGAAAUGGUGGUGUGAGAUGGAGCCUUGCCUAGAAGGGGAAGAAUGUAAGACACUCCCUGAUAAUUCUGGAUGGAUGUGUGCUACGGGCAACAAAAUUAAGACCACAAGAAUUCACCCAAGAACCUAACAGAAGCAUUUGUGGUAAUAAAGGAAAACCAACCCUGUGGAAAAUACAUUUUGAGAAUUUAAAACAUCUUACACAUUUACAAGCCAAAUGGAUUUCUUAUUUGCACUUUGACUGGUUACCAGAUAAUCACAGUGCAUUUACUGUGUGUAAUGAAAUAUCCUACAGUGAGAAGACUCAGAAUUUUUGGCAACACCUUGGAAAGUGGGCUUAAAAGAAGGGUUUUCUCAGUGAAAUUUUUUGGGAUCAUGAAGAACGAUCAACUGUCUUCUAAUUUGGAUCUAUAGUUACUUUGUACCAUUUGAAAUAUAUGUAUAUAUAUAAUAUUUUGAAAUAUUAUAUAUUCUCUUCAAGAAAUGAACAGUACCACAGUUUGAGAUGGCUGGUGUACCCCUUUGAGUUUUGGAUGUUUUGUCUGUUUUCUUUUUUCUCAUUUCUAUUUCUAUUGGUGUGGAAGAUGUGUACCCUUUUGAGAUUUCAAGAUGGCAGUGACACUGGAAGGCCAGCUACAGGUGGACUCCUGGAAUUUGAGGCAUCAUAAUGAUACUGAAUCAAGAGCUUCCUUCCAUUUUUACCAGAUGACCCAAGGAAGUGCAUCGUCCUGUUUUAUUGCUUUCUACCUUGUGCAAUAUUAGCAUGCAAGCUUGGCUUACAUAACCAUGCUUUAUAGUCAAUUGAUAUAUGAUAACCAUUCUAACCUCUUCCAGGAAAAUAUUUUUAGAACUAUUAGCUUUUCCACAGAUAAGAAAAUGAGGAUUCUUGAGGGAGCUGUUCCACCAUUCUGUUAAGACUCUGGCCAAGUUAUGGUAGAUACGGAUCCUUGUAUUAAUAAGUCCUGUAAAUACAGUGUCCUAAGGCUUUGUAUAGCUUUCCUAGACUGAAGAAAUGCCCUCUGAUGAAAUCCAAAGUCUGGCAUUAACUACAUAGUGCUGUAGCAACAAGUCUUAUCAUGGCACCUCUUUCUAUGUUUGAUUUGCUUUUUCCCAAAGUAUUCAGAUCUCUUCUGGUGAGAUAAGAAGGCUAUGAAAGCAAUUAGGUUUCAGAAUGAUCUGUGUGACUGAAUGUUGGACAGCCCCAUUAAAGUGGUAUAUAACUUCUUUCUAAA